AUAGUCUAUGGAUGGUUAAACGUCAAAGUGUCAAACAAACUCUAACGCAACGCACUUUUUAGGUUACUGCUGAAGUUCACAAAACAAUGUUACUUUGUUUAUAAAAGUGUUUAUAGGAGUUUGAAAUAAUACCGAACUUUAAUUAUAAGCCAUGGAUAAUAGUAACAGAAUCGUCCCACCUCAUCUCAAUGCUGAAAUAUACAGAACCGACACCACCGGCACGAACACCCUAUCUUAUUUAGAUUAUGUCAGAAUUCAUUCCGAUGGAAGUGUUCUGGUGGGAUCAUCAGAACUAACGGGUCGGUAUUGGAACGGUGGCGUAAAUGUGUACAAGAGUAUAGCUGAAGCUCAAAGUAUCAAAACUGAAGAUAAGAGGAGUAUUUCUCUGUGCAGUGGAACUGCUGAUGGUUGCUUUAUAGGAAGUUCAAAUAAGUUGUUAAUAUGUGAAGACAGUGGUGCAGUAAGUGUAUGGGUCAAGAACGGCGACCAGCAGAAUGCUUGGCACCAAUGGAGGGAAGACCUCUCUGUAGCAGAACAUGAUAAUGCAGUUUUGGCUGUAGACUGCCUUGAACCUGAACGCCUCUAUGCUACUGCUGGUGCUGAUGGAAAUGUUAAGGUGUGGGACAUAAAUGAUAUGAUAUGUAUAAGGAACUAUAGUGCAGCACAUAGUAUGAUUAUAAAUACAAUUGCAGUGAAACCAAAGUCUGCCCACAAUUUUGCAACUGGGUCCAUGGAUCAGUAUGUCACAUUGUGGGAUGAAAAUACUGAUAAAGCAGUGCUGGAUAUUAUGAAAAAUGAUUGCGCUAUUCACUCCUUGGCUUGGUUGGAUGAGAAUCGUUUAGUUGUAGGGGAUGAAGCUGGUGUAUUACAUUUGGUAGAUAUCAGAAACACAGAAAGUAAUGUGAAAGUAACAGAAUUCCCUGCAGCAGUGCACAAGUUGGUUGUACACCCAGAUUCGGACAAAGUGGCAGUUUGUUGUGACAAUAAAAUUGUCACAGUUUGUAAAGUGGAAGAGAAUUGUGAACCCAAAGUAAUAUACCAUGACAGACAUAUGCACAGCAACUAUGUCAGAGGAGCAGCUUGGGACAUCGAGGAUAAGAACACUCUUCAUACAGUUGGAUGGAACGGUGAAUUGAAAUCACACACAAUUUCAUUGGGUUGAAAGUAGUUUGUAUAAUAAAACAAUAUUCCAAAA